GGAACGUUUUAAUGGGACUUUUUUUUUUUCUUUCAUUCAUUCUUUCUUUUCCCUUUCCUUUUCCCUUUCCCUUUCAUUUUUUCAUUUUCCUUUUCCUUUUCCUUUUCCUUUUCCUUGCUUGUCCAUUUUUUGUUGACACCCGGGUCAGUGAUUACUCUUAGACUAAUUAGGAACUAAUGGAAUCUACAGUAGUACUUAUAUUUGAAAGAACAGUUUUCACACAGAUUCACACUCACGUGCUGGGGGGGGACACACACGUGCACACACACCUGGUAUCAGAGAAGUAAUAUUUACUUGACUGUCACUGCUCUAGAUAUAACAGAUACUCCUUAGUAACCACCCCGUAUGACUUUACAAUUGUCGAGAGGUAUCAGUGAUGAUAAAAAUGCUUGAACACGGGCAUUGGAAAAAAAAAUUCAACAUUUAUUAUAGUAGCUGAAGUACAUAUAAUACCUUGGUAUAAGUUACAGCAAAACUUUGUACAUUAUAAUUGAUUUUUUUCUCCUUCUUUUCAGGCAACAGUUUUGACCAUGGCAUGUGUAACUCUAAAAAGGUCCUUAGAAUUCGAUCCCCUUCACCAUGGUACAUGUACCCCCCGGCCCCACAAGAGGCGGCGUUGUGUGCCCAUGUGUGUGUCGCCUCAGAGUGCUGCAGCUGCUUCUGCUCGCCACACAGAGCCACAGUCACCCUUCUCUGAGGUCACACCCACUCUUACUGCAGAGCAAAUUGCACAAAAUGUGCGUGAAGAGAUCCGGAGGUUAAAGCGACGGAAGAUGCUGCAGUCUGGAGAGCGCAGCAUGGAGUGCGAAGGAGGCUACGAGUCCCCAGCUUCUCCUCCGUCUCCAGCAUCUCCGGCGUCCCCUUCACUCUCACCGUCUCCAUCGCCAGCACCAUCAUCAAGUACCGGGUUGGGCUCCCUCCACCAACACCACCAGCACCCUCAGCAUCCACAUCAUUCUGCUCUUGGAAAGGAUAAGCCUCUCUUCACCUUCAGACAGGUGAAUCUCAUCUGUGAACAACUUCUGCGAGAACGAGAGGUGAAGAUCCGUGAGGAGUAUGACAAGGUAUUGGCUUCCAAAUUGGCCGAACAAUAUGAUUGUUUUGUACGUUUUACUACAGACCAGAUCCAACAGAGGCUCUCUCAGGCUGCCCUACCGAGCUAUCUUUCAUAAGGAAGAGAGAAAUGUUUGAUGUGGACUAUUGUGCCUUGGAAGGUACAAAGGUGGAAGUGGCAUGGUUGUUAAUACCCAAAAGUGUUAACAUUGUACAUAGAAAAUUACCAGGAAGAGAGAUGUGUUCAAGAGUGUAUUUCGUGGUUACUGGCUGAGAUGGAUAUAGAACAAAUAUAUGAUGGUUAAAGCCAAGUGAUAAAAGUUUGGCAGUGUCAGGUUUCAUACUUUGUAUAUCCAUAUCAAUCAAGACUUGGUCAGUCCAAGAUGAAGUCACCUGCAUAACAGAAAGAAAAUUUAGGGGGACUUAAAUGAAGAGUGGCAGCUUGGGUGACAAGUGUAAGGUAACUUCUGGUGCUCAUUGUGUGUGGCAUUCCUCAACCAUAGUGUGUACAUACCCUCUUAACUUGCCUCUCUGUGUGUGGCAGUCCUCAAACACUGAGAAUGCAUGCGUGCAUGCAUGAAUAAGUGUAUUGAAUGCUUGAGAAAAUGUGUGAAUUUGAGAAUGUGUUUGUGUACAUGUGUGGGUGUGUGUACAUAUUCUUAAAUUUGCCUCUCACUUCAAUAAUGCAAGUGGGAGACAUAAAAAUGAAUAAAAAAAACUUCUAACUUGCCUUUUGACUUAUGAUGCAAGUAGGUAUGAUGAUAUUUUUAACUUGCCUUCCUCACUUUUAUGCUAGUGGGGAUGAUGUAACCUCAUAAAAUGCAGUCCUAUGUAGUUUAUGCUCUUGAGUGAAUGGUAAUUACUUGUGUGUCAUCAUGAAAGAUGAAGUGAAACAAGGAAAAGAAUGAAUGGGUUACUUCAGGUAUAUCAAGAGUGUGAAUUACUGGGCUGAAUCUUGUUAGGGGUUGUGCUGUAUAUUUCAAAAGAAAUUGUCAAGGGUGAUAUAACUUUAAUAAUAGAUCAGUUAUCUCAUGUCUGACAAUGAAUGCCAUUGUGAUGCAAUUUUCACCACGGGAAGACAUCCAGAACUCGUGUACAUUUUAAAGUCAUUUGCAGUUUUAGAUAUCAGUAACUAAUCAAAGCAGUUGUAGUGAAUACAGUACCUAUUUGUUUCAAUAAAUUAAUGUUUUCAAGCAGUUGGCGUCUUCCUGUGGUAAGUGUCACACUGGAGGUACUCUUCUAAAAGAGCUCUGGUAUUAACCCACCAUACAAGCCCAUGUCUCACCUAUACUGUUUCACUAGAGAUCUGUUGUAUUAUACUUGACCUAGGCAUAUGAUAGGCUUAUCAUUUUUCUGUUAUACUGUUUACAGAUCAAGAGUUGUAGCUCGUUCUUUUUUUUUUUUUUUUUUUUUUGUUUAUUAGAUCCUCCUAAAUGCAGCAGCCUAUGAAGUUUUUAUCAGAGGGUAAGCUAGAGCUUGCCAUUCUGUCUAAACAUCAGUACUAAGCAGAGUUGCUAGAUGCAGUAAUGUUAUUUAUGAGAUUGAUAGCAUUUUUUUUCUUUCUUUCAUUCUUUCUUUUUCUUUUUCUUUUUCUUUUUUCCUUCUUUUCUUUUUUCUUUUUUCCUUCUUUUCUUUUUUCCUUUUCCUUUUUCUUUUUCUUUUUCUUUUUCUUUUUCUUUUUCUUUGUUUUCUUUUUUCUUAUUACUGGAACCUCAAACUAUAUCAUACGUAUAUUAUGUAUAUACAUAUGAUAAGUGAAUUAUUAAAUCCUGACCUUUCUGUGAUGGGAUAGAAGAUAAGAAGACAUUUACAUUGGAAUGUGAUUUUUUUUUUAAAGGGUAAUGAUAUACUGGUGACUAAAAGAAACUGCUAUGUUCUAAGUUUGUGAAUGUAUAUUGCUGAAGUUAUGCAGAAAUUUUGGACAAGAAAAUCUUUAUUGGUUGUGUAUUGUUUACUUGGCUUUGGUAUGGUUGUGUUCACUAUCAGUUGGCCAAAGAUAUUUUUUGUUCUUAAUUAUUGGACCUUGUAUGACUUUGACCAUAAACAAAAGAUCACCAUUGCAUUUGUAUCCAGACAGUGGGCAUUAGCAUUUCUGUAAUACUUGACAAAUAUUAUCAAGCUUUGAAAUAUGCUAGGUUCUAUUAUCACUGUAUGCAAUAAUGUUAGUAUCUACUGAAGUCUGCCGUCAUGUUUUUCGAUUAUGUUCUGUUGUUUGUGGUUCCAUUAUGAAUGUUCUGUCAUGUUAUGAUCUUUAGUGGUCUGUCUAUUUAUGCUGUUACCAGAGUGGAUGCUUCAGUUUUUGUUCAGUUCUAGUAAGGAAUUGCCAUUUAUUUUAGUUUCAUAUAUGGAGGUUUCCAGUUUUGUGUUAAUGUAUUUUUCACCAUGCUGAUAUGGGCAGAUAUUUACUGCUAGAGCUGAACUCAAACGGAAUAAUUUUGUAAAAACUAUAUCAAGAGUUUAACCCAACGCCCACGGGUAUCAGAAAUCUAUGAGCGUCAUUAACUCAGAUGAUUUCUGGCAACGUCUUGAUGCUGGGCCCGGGAGACCCCUACAUGUAUCGGAACUUCCCGUUCCACGCUCUCUGGCACGUUGCAGUGCAUACAGCCAUACGCUGCAGACCAAGCGGUAUAUUAUAAUAUCUGUAUAGGUGACCCGUUGGGAUGGGUUAAACGAUAAUAACUGGACUAUGAUAAAUAUGGGUUGUAGUGAUUAAUAAUGCUACAGUUCGGACCAGUUGAUCUUCAGGUGGUAUGACGGGAAAGUGAUUGGCCUCAGGCCGUCCCUAUUAUUAUGUGUUGUGUCUGAUGUGGGUCAUGUGUACUUUUAGCCAUAAUAAGGUGUUAGGUUGAAAGGGUUACCUUCUGGUGUAGCCAGGAGAACUUGCAUACAGUGAGAUUUGAAUGUAGUGCUAGAUGACAUGAACCUUGAGCUGACUGUUUCACUGUAACAAGUUAUAUCUAGUUUAGGCUAAGUUUUUAUAUAAAAUCAUGAGACUUAUAGUUUCAUGUCUUGUAGCCAGAGUACAGUCACACAUUAUAUGUACUCUGUACUGCCUGAAAUCUUAUGUACAUAGUAUUGCCACACAUCAUGUGUACAGUGUACUGUUACAUCCUGUAUAAGGUUUACUGCCUCACAUUGUAUACAUUAUUUUGUCAUAUGUGUGCAUUGCCAUGUCUGUUGUCAUCAUAAGUUUGUUGACAACUAUGUACAGUUGUACAUCAGAUGUGAAUGUAUUUUGCUUCAUAUCAGACAUGAACAGUGUAUUGAUGCCAACCACAUAUGUACAAUGUAGCUUCAUUCAAAUGUGAACAUUGCAUUGCUGCAUAUCAAAUAUUAAAAGUAUACUGUUUCAUAUUGAAUGUCCAGUGUACAUCUGCACAUCAAAUGUUUACAGUAUAUUCUUACACAUUGUGCUUAUGAAUGCAGUUCUUUUUUGUUCUAUUUAUUUUUUAUUAUUGUGAUCCUGCACGGGUAUGUGCAAGUCACUACAUCAUAAUGUGUACUGCAUUGAUGCACAUCAGAAGUUUAAUGUACUAUUGCACAUCAAAUGUGCUCACUGUUCUGAUGCACAUCUUAUGUACAGUGUACUGCAGUGUAUUUAUAGUUACUACUGCACACCUUGUAUAAAUUGUGCCACCACACAUGUGGGUUAUGUACUGAUGUAGAUAUAUGCAGUACAGAUAAGUAAGCAGGACUUCUUGUUGCAUAUUCAUUGUCAAGUAUUGUUAAAGCAGUUAGUCUGCAUUUAUGUGUUGAUCUUGGUGACUUGGGUGCUUGUCAGCAAGCAGUUAGUUAUUAGCAGAUUUUCUUUGUUUUACUGUUAUCAGAAUACGUUACGCAGCAGACAACUACUCACCGCAGACAAAUUUCAGAUUCUUACUUAAUGGUAUUUUUAUUGUUUUGUUAUUGAAAGCUGACCUUGAUAAGAAGUAGAUCACUUUAUUUUUGCAUUAUAUAUGUUUGUAAGAAUCUGUAUUGUAUUCAUGCACUAACAAUGGAAAUUUAAUGUCCAGUUUUAUUAAGAGUGAUCUAAGAAUUUUUUUUUAUGAAGACUGAGAUUGUGAAAUAUUUGUUUAUCAGCUAGUUUCAAGAAUAUUCUCAUUUGUGUUAAGGAUGGGUGUGUUUUUGUUUCAAGAAGCAUCUCUUUAUUUUUAUCUUUAUAGAGGCAAAUUUGUUUAUUAGGAUCAUUUGUUUUGCAAUAAUAUGCAAAAAAAGUCUUGGUGAGAAAUGAUGGGAAAAAAAAAUUAAUUUGUGAUAAAGAAUUAUGCAAUAGAUGGUGUAGAAUUAGUGACCAUCACUUUUUUAUUUUUAUUUUUCCAUUUUAUUUUCAUUCAAAUAAAUUUGAACACCACAUUACCGCAGACAUGUACACUGUUUGGCCAACUUUAAACUGCUUAGACAAGAAAAAAUGUAUGUCUUUGAAGGAGGAGCUUUGAGCUGCCUAAUAGUGGUGAACUCGUGAAGUUUUUGAGGAGCUGUCACGGAGGAUGUCGUGUGACAAAGUAAAGGUCAGAAUUUAUUUAUUAACUUAUUUUCUGCUUUUAUUUUAUGUAUUUUUUAAGGAAAAAUCCUGUAAGAAUAUGAUUUGAUUUGCAUGAACUCUUAAAAGUAAGGAGUAAUUGUUUACUAUUUAUUUUCUUCUUCUCACUUUUUUACUGUAAUUGCAUUACAAAAUAUACUUGUUAAUGGGAAAGUAAAAUCAUAGUUUUACUUACCUCUUGAUAUGGCCUUAGAAUUGACCCUAUGUAGCAAUGUCAUUUUUAUUCAAGGCUGUGUAAAGAGACUUGUAUUGUAUAUAUAUAUAGUAAAAAAUGCACAUGUAUUUGUGUACAGAUAUGAAAA